UCAUCGCCUUCAGCGUGAUAAGCAAACAGGAACUAAAGUGGUUAGAGACAUAUAGGCACACAGCUGAAAACAAGACCUGGGUCGAUCAAGGCUGAAUCUGUUGUGCUUUUCCUUUUCGCAUGACUCCUCAUGGAGCCAACAAACCUUCAGAAAGCUAUUGCUAUAGCACAGAAAGCUUCACAGGAGGACCAGGCCGGAAACUAUGAGGAAGCCAUCCGAUCCUACCAGCAUGCAGUCAAGUACUUUCUUCACAUUUUAAAACGUGAGCCUCAGGGGAAAGAUGGCAACCAGAAGAUUAGAGAUAAAUGUAAACUGUACCUGGACAGAGUGGAAAACCUGCAAGAGUACCUAGUAAAUAAAGAGAAAGCCAUUGAUCUUGCCAGCAAGGCAGCACAGGAAGACAAAGCUCAGAACUAUGACGAGGCUCUGCGUCUCUAUCAGGCUGCUGUUCAGUAUUUCCUUCAUGUGGUAAAAUAUGAAGCCCAAGGUGACAAGGCUAAACAGAGCAUCAGGGCGAAAUGUGCUGAAUAUUUGGACAGAGCAGAGAAGCUGAAGGAGUAUCUAAAGAAGAAAGAGAAAGCUCCUCCUGCUAAGCCUGUUAAAGAGUCACAGUCUGAGGACAAAGGGAACGAAAGUGAUGACGGUGAAGAUCCAGAGAAAAAGAAGUUCCAAAAUCAACUCUCAGGGGCGAUCGUCAUGGAGAAACCAAAUAUAAAAUGGAAUGAUGUUGCUGGUUUAGAGGGAGCCAAGGAAGCACUAAAAGAGGCUGUUAUUCUUCCAAUCAAAUUCCCACACCUUUUCACAGGAAAGAGAACUCCAUGGAGGGGGAUCUUGCUCUUUGGGCCUCCGGGAACAGGAAAGUCUUACCUAGCUAAAGCUGUUGCAACAGAGGCGAACAACUCAACCUUCUUCUCGAUCUCUUCAUCUGACCUUGUCUCCAAAUGGUUAGGAGAGAGUGAAAAAUUGGUGAAGAAUCUCUUCAGCCUUGCAAGGGAGCAUAAGCCUUCCAUCAUCUUCAUAGAUGAGAUCGACUCUCUGUGUGGUUCAAGAAGUGAGAAUGAGAGUGAAGCGGCUCGUCGUAUUAAAACAGAGUUCCUGGUUCAAAUGCAGGGUGUGGGGAAUGACAAUGAAGGUGUCCUUGUUCUGGGUGCAACAAAUAUCCCCUGGACUCUUGACUCUGCCAUCAGAAGAAGGUUUGAGAAGAGGAUCUACAUCCCGCUGCCUGAAGAGCACGCCCGCUCCUUCAUGUUCAAGCUCCAUCUGGGAUCCACACCCAACAGCCUCAAUGACUCUGACUUUAUAACUUUGGGCAAGAAGACAGACGGAUACUCAGGAGCCGAUAUCAGCGUUAUUGUCAGAGAUGCUCUGAUGCAGCCUGUCCGAAAGGUCCAGUCAGCAACUCACUUCAAACGGGUCAGAGGUCAAUCAAGAACCGACCCCAACAUUCUUAUUGAUGACCUCUUGACUCCUUGCUCACCCGGUGAUCCCAGCGCAAUUGAAAUGACCUGGAUGGAUGUCCCUGGGGAGAAGCUAUUAGAACCUGUGGUAUGCAUGACUGACAUGGUGAGGUCACAGGCCAGCACAAAGCCAACAGUCAACGAACAAGAUCUGGACAAACUGAAAAAAUUCACAGAGGACUUCGGACAGGAAGGCUAAGUUUGAUGAUGAAGCCAAACCAAAAGCAAGAGAAAUUCAUUGUCUAUUUACUGUUCUCGUCCUGUUUUCCUCUGUCUCAUUCUAACCAUUCUCUAGGCCUCAUGGGUUAUUCUGUUUUGCCAAUUUGGUAACCACAUACAGGGGUGGAAGAAAUUAUUUAAAUUGGUAUUUACUGUUGUCCAAAGAUUAAAGACUUACUACAUACAGCCGUCUAGUUUAAUAAACCAACAGCCCUUUCGAAACCUUGAGUUUUGUUUGACUUGCGCACUAAAGAUUAAGCUAUUUAUAAGGAAUAUAAAUACAUUCAAGAAACUUUGAAAAACUAUUGAAGGACAUGCAGAAUUAUUCCCAAGUAUGUAAAUUAGGUCAAAGUGCAACUUGCAUUGGUGUCUUUUGUUUCUAGGGUCUGUCUCACUAGAUAAAUAAACAACCCUCACAUAUUCUCUAUUUUUACAAAGAUAAAACAAGCAUUUUAUAACAUAUACUCUACCUGUAGGAAUGCAUAAACCUUGCACAGUGCAAGUAAAAUCAAGUACGUUCAUAUAUUUAAGAUGAUACAUCUACUUAAAUACCUAAAAUAAAUGGACAUUAUACAGCUUUGAGUUGGACAUACUUGGGAUGAAAGUUUUGUUGAGGAAUUUUAGAUUGUUUAUCCAAUUUCCAAACAUGAUUAUCGUCAUAUUGUUUGUUUUUACUCGCUCAUCAUUUGAAACGUGGUUCUUGAGGUUGGAUCACUAGUGGUGGAGAGCAGCAUUGGUUUACCAUUUUUCAAGAACUCAAAGGUUUCCUGUUUUGUUUUUUUUUGUCAUGAAUUUCAUGUUUUUUUUCCUCCCUACAAAUAACUGUACAUAUUCAUUCACAUCAACAUGAUCCAUUGAUUACCUUUGCUAUAAAGUGCAAAAAAAAAAAAAAAGCCUUACAUUCAGUCUGUUUAAAUAACAUAUGGUGUGGAAGAUGGACCUUGAUGACUCAGGUGGAGAUAUCAUCUUGUGCAUUUUAUAACAAAAAAAAAAAAUCAUCUCUAAGCAUGAACCUAAAAUAGCCAUAAGUGGUAGUGUGCACCAUGUGCCUUCUAGAGAAGUUGAAUUACUAUUUUUUAUUCGUUUAUUUCUAAAUUAGUCAAUAACAAGUGCUUUGUCACUACAACCGAGGAAUGUACUAUACUUGUACAUUUCAUAUAAACUCUUUGAGAGAUUGUAUACAUCUGUACUCUUGCUCUCGAAAUGUGCAAACUUUCUCCUGAGUUUUUAAGGGGAAAUGUCUCAUUUUACUGUAUAUUUCUAUACACAUAUUUAGCCAACUCUAAAGCCUUUUCCAUUGAGAAGAAGUAAUGCAUGCAUUUGAUUUUCUGUUUUUCAUUUCCUGUGUAAAUAAAAGUUUAAGCUAUGUCAAGAGAA